GCGGUACCCAGCGGACGGCUGCGAAACUAAUGCGCAAAGUUACCAAAUUAAACUCAAUUAAUCGCCCUCACGUCGAAAAUAAUUUUAAGAAGUAUGCCGGUUGGUUUUAAUUAACAAAAUAAAAUAAAGUGAAUUAAAUUUAUAAAAUAAAUAAAAACAAAAUAAAAACUUUUAAAGUAAAUAAUUAUUAACAAUUAAGUAAUUGUGUUUUUUGCAACUUUUUUUAAUUUGUUUAUUAAAGAGAUUGAUUGAAUUUAGUGAUUGAGUGAGACGUCUUUUGUCCUUGAAGACAUUGAGGAUAUUCUUAGAUUGUAUUGUGUCGUUUUUUGUGAGUGACGUUGGAACAUUCGAAGAACGCGCGCAAAAACCGAUGGUGUAAGUUUCUGCAUCGGCUUGAAUCCUGACUGGUUGAGUCCUGCGGAUCGUCAGCGUCUGCCGUCGUUGCAAUUCUGAUGCGUUUAGCGUCACAGCAUCGCCGCUGUGCGAAAAAACAUGCACCGACGACUCGUUCGCCUCCACUCGAGUGAUUAAUGAUAUGAUUAGUUAUGUCCGAAGAAGGUCUUAGCGAGUCGAACGUCUUCAACGUCUUGGAUAACUUCACCUACAGUAAUGUCAGCUUCGCAGGAGGAGGAAUGGCCGACCUGGGUGGAGUUGAUAAAGUGGGUGGAGAUGGUAACACCGGGGGCGGUGUACUUGCACCGCCUCCAGCUGGUGGAACACAAGAGCUGGCGUUGGCUGGGUUGCUGAGCGUCGUGAUUGUGAUCACCGUCGUAGGCAACACGCUUGUCAUUCUUGCCGUCCUAACAACGCGCCGACUUCGCACAGUUACCAACUGCUUUGUCAUGUCAUUAGCCGUGGCAGAUUGGCUCGUGGGCAUCUUUGUGAUGCCACCUGCUGUUGCAUUCAGACUUAUAGGCGUAUGGGAAUUAGGCUGGAUCCUAUGCGACGUAUGGGUCUCCUUGGAUAUAUUACUCUGCACGGCAUCCAUCUUGUCCUUGUGCGCUAUCAGCGUCGACCGGUAUCUCGCCGUCACGCAACCCUUGAGCUACAGCCGAAAGCGCCGCUCGAAGCGAUUAGCUUUCACGAUGAUUCUCGCCGUCUGGAUCAGUUCGGCAUUAAUUACAUGUCCACCCAUGUUUGGCUGGUACGAACCUGGAAGGCAUAAAGAAAAGACUUGUCGGUAUAAUAAAAACACAGGUUAUGUGAUUUUUUCGGCGAUGGGUUCGUUUUUCAUUCCAAUGGUUGUGAUGGUGUAUGUUUAUGUGAGGAUUUCGUGCGUGGUAGCGCAGAGGCACGAUCAAUUGGCUAAUAUUGAAGGUAGAAAUCGGAAAUCUCAAAAACUGGUUCUUACAUCGGCUAAAGAAGAAUCCGAUUUGGAGCGUGGAUCAUCUGAAUGCGAGGAACAAAUUCGUUGUACAAGCUUGACGACCAAUGAAACAGCAUUAGACGGUACAACACCCAACCACACAUCAACAACGUCUGGCCCCGGCGCCACCGCGAGUCAAGUAGUCGAACUACGCAAACCUAACCUCUCACGCUCGCUACGCUCGAAUCUCAACUACUCCUUCAAACACGAUCACCACUCAUUGCCAGCGCAACCCCAUCACCACCAGCAGCGUCACGCAUCGCUCUACGCCACAUCGCUAACCACAACGCGGCCCAAAACCGAAGGACAUCUUGAGGUAUCCGUGAUGAACUUUGAACCAGCCACGCGCGUCUCCUCUUUCCGUCGCGAGACAAAAACAGCGCAGACGCUCAGCAUCGUCGUCGGCGGCUUCAUUUUAUGCUGGCUGCCAUUUUUUAUUUACUAUCUACUAACACCGUUUAUUCCAACGGGUGCGUGGACCGAGGUUGUUAUGGGGUAUCUCACCUGGCUGGGGUGGAUUAACUCGGCGAUCAAUCCGUUUAUCUACGCGUUUUAUAGUCCUGACUUUCGGAUAGCUUUCUGGAGGCUUACAUUCAAGCACUUCAAUCGGAAUCGAAGAGAAGACAUUGCUUUCCAGCACAAAUAGUAAUAAAACUUUAAAUUCUACAAAAUGAAAGAAAAAAAAUCUAAAAAUUGUAGAGAUAAUGUGUAUAUAGUUAAUUUAUUCAAUUGUACAUUCCUUUGAGGUUAAAUAAUUGAGAAUUAUUUUGUCAUUUCCAAAGUUAGGUUAGAAAUUAGAAUUUAUAGUAAUAAAUGUGUAACACGAGAAGAAUAGGUUACAAGAUGACAUGAUAUAUGAUCUAGGUUAUGUUAGCCCACCUAACCUCACUUUGUGAAACGUCACCGCAGCAAAUCACACGCAACGUACAGGGUAAUCGCUAAACGCAACAAAUUGUCAUACCGAUAAGCUUACAAUCUUACAAUACACGUGUAUUACACUCCACUUAAACAUAACCUACAACUAAAGAAGAAUCACAAUAAAAUUGUAUAUAAAAGUAGCGUAAUAUAUGUGUAAGCGUAAAAUAAUAAGAUGUUUUACAAAAUAAAAUAAAAUCAGAACUUGCGAAGAGAAUAAAUAUGUUAGAUGUGUAUAUUAUUAUUAAAUAAAUAGAAAACCAUGUAAA